UGCGCCGACGCCGUCCGUGCCGGUCGUGCGGUGAGGUCUGUGUGUUGUGGCGGCGGGCGGGACGCGUGUGUGCGGCGCUACAGGAGGCUGUCAGAGAUGGAGGCUGGAGAGGCUCCUCACACCAACGGACAUCGGGCGACAGCCGCCGAGAAUGGUCUCAGCGGCGGUGGUCUCCAGGGACGAGACAACGGGCCUGCGCCGGGGACAGGGACAGGCCCCGUGAGGCGGGUUACCAUCGCCGACGGGCCGCCGGCGGUCAGCGGCGCCAGUGACGGCGCCAGUGACGGCCGCAGUGACGGCGCCAGUGACGGGAUCGGCAGGGGCUCAGUGUCGCCUCCCGUGGUGAAGCCUGCAAUGAAACCGAAGCCAGUGAUGCGACCCACGGUGACGGCCGGUGACGCGGUGACGACCGGUGACAGUGUGGCGGUCAGUGAUGGUGUGACCGGGCGGAGUGUGUCCGGCACAGUGUCCGGUCAAACCUCGAACACGGACACGGACAGACCGGCGCUCCGGUGUGCCAUCUGCGGACAACACUUCCGGAAUCCAAAGAUCUUGCCGUGUCUGCACACAUUCUGCCAGCACUGCCUGCGCCGCCACGUGCCCCCGGAGAGCCUGUCGGUCUCGUGCCCCAGCUGCAAGUGCCACUCGAUCCUGCCGCCGGCCGGGGUAUCGGGUCUCCAGACGAACCGCCUGCUGGCCUUGGAGCCGGACUCGUGUACCGCCUGCGCCGGUACCGGUACCUGCCCCACCUGCGUGGCGGUGGCUGCAGAGGAGUCGCGGAACCCGGCGAAGGAGAGCAGCGACUCCGACUCUGACUCUGGCAGUGAGUCGGAGUCGGAUGUCACUCAGGAGUCCUCCAGACGACGGCGAGGAGCCGACUGGCAACUCUACUGCUCUAAUCAUGCUGGCCAAACGCUGCGCUUCUUCUGCCGAGACUGUGAGACGGCCGUGUGCGCCAGCUGUACCGAUAUCCUGCACGCGCAACACAGCACCUGUAGGCUAUCGGAGACGGGAGCGGAGCAGAGACAGGCGCUGCUGGCGCUGAGACAGCGGGUCAGCAGUCAGAUGGACGUGGAGCGUCGCCGUCGCGCGCUACUCUCCGCCGCCGGCGGCCAGCUGCGCCAGGCGCGCCUGCAGGCUGAACAGGAUCUGCAGGCGUACUGCCACUCGCUGGUGCAGACGGUCCACAGGCGGAAGGAGGCGCUCACUGGCCUGCUGGCGCAGAUCUACAGGGACAGAGUCAGCGACAUAGAGCACCAGCUGGUCCGCCUGGACUCGUUCCUGACGGAGCUGGACGCCUGUGAGCGGCACAUGGAGCGGGCGCUGGACUCUGGUACCGACACAGAGGUGCUGCUGCUCAACAAGCAGGUCACCGUCCGUGUGGGCGGUCAGCAGCUGCAGCAGCAGCGACAGCAGGCCGACGCCGAACACGCCGGGGAGCUGAGGUUCGAGGCAUCCAACACGGACCGACUGGAGGCGCAGUUGGCCUCCUUCGGCUCGUUCCACGCCGGUCCCGACCCUCCCGAGCCGGCGGCACUGGUACCCCAGUCGGAGACGGACGGCGGGGCCACCGGCCGGCCGCCAGGGGACCAGCUUCUGCUGGAUAUACCGGCACGACUCAGUCACAGCGGGGGUCACAGUCCGGGCCAGACACACAGUCACAGCCCGAGCCAGUCACACAGUCACAGUCCGAGCCAGUCUCACAGUCACAGUCCGGGACAGUCACACAGUCAUGGUCCGAGCCAGGCCCAUAGGCAAAGUCCCAGCCAAAUCCACGGCCACAGUCCCAGCCAAAUCCACGGCCACAGUCACAGUCAAAUACACAGGCACAGUCUCAGUCACGCCCCGGGCCAACUCCACAGUCAAGGUCACAGUCCGGCACAGCUCCACCGGCACAGCGUCAGUCACAGUCCGGGCCAGCUGCGUGUGCAGAGACACAGUCCCUCACAGGCCCACAGGCACAGUGUGAGUCACAGUCCGCAGCUCCACAGUCACAGUCCGAGUCAGAGUCACAGUCAGGGCUCGAGUCACAGCCCCAGCCCCGGCCAGAGCAACGGGCACUGCCAGCUGCCCUCAUCAGACGUCUCCAGCGAGCGAUCCUCUGCCGAGAGAGUGCCCGCUCGCCGCUCUCUCUCGGGUAGCGCCGCCUCUCCCUCAGUGAUCAGCACCGGCUCUCGCGGCUCGGGGGUCAGCCAGCCGUCGAGCCGUCGCAGCUCGCGUCGCUCCGUGCCGCCGCCUAUGCCGCCGGCUGAGGAUGACCUGGUGCUGUCCAUCGGAGAGAAAGGACGCGGGAGAGGAGAGUUCAGCAACCCGCAGGGCGUGUGUUACGUGGCUGCAGCGGACCGCCUUCUGGUAGCUGACUCUAACAACCAGUGUGUGCAGGUGUUCUCGGCUGAGGGAGAAUGCAAACUCAGGUUCGGAGUGCGGGGUCGGGCGGCGGGCCAGAUGCAGAGACCCUGCGGCGUGGCGUCCACCCCCGACGGCAACUACGUCGUCUCAGACUAUGAGAACCGCUGUCUGUGCGUGUUCGACCCACUCGGGAAGCUGGUGCGGCGCAUCGGACACGGAAAACUGCAGGGUCCGAAGGGCGUGACCACCGACCGUCGCGGUAAUCUUCUGGUGGUGGAUAACCGGGGCUCUGCGGUGGUCACUUUCUCCACCGGGGGACGUCUGUUGGCCCGGUUCGGCAGUCGCGGCACGGCGCAGCACCAGUUCGCGGGACCGCACUACGUGGCCGUCGACAGCCAGGACCGCGUGGUGGUCACCGACUUCCACAACCACUCCGUCAAGGUGUUCAAUGCGGACGGUAAACACCUGUUCAGUUUUGGCGGGAACGGCGAGGCUCCUGGUCAGUUUAACGCGCCAACCGGAGUCACCACAGACCGCUACGACAACAUUCUGGUGGCCGACUGGGGAAACAGCCGCAUACAGGUGUUCGACAACACGGGUCGGUACCUGUCAAUCGUCAACACCGGCGCUACUCCGCUCUACGGACCGCAGGGUCUGGCCAUGUCGCCGCAGGGACACGUCAUCGUCGCCGACACGGGCAACCACGCCAUCAAGUUCUACACCUACCACCCUCUGGCAGCGUAACACCCGUGAUGGUCUCCACUGCCGUGCCGUCCUGUUCCGUGCUGCGCUGUGCCUCAUGUGCCGUGCCGUUCUGAGCCUACCAUACCACGCCGUUCCUGCCCUUGACGGCUGGUGGCUGAAUGUUGCCCGGCGCGCCUGGUCCGUCCCCAAAGGUCGAACCCCCCCGAUACCUGUACCCGGGGAAGGCGGCUGGCGGGGUGCGCCGGUCCGUCCCCCGUCCACCCGACGGCGUACCCCGAGGCUGUUUACGGCGACCGUGUUUGUGUGGCAACCACUGCAAUCCUGCGGCGGACCACUAAUAUCUCCGCCUGCAUAAGACAGUCGCUGUGGGCGCCUGGUGCUUUAUUACGAACGGAAGUGCAGAGGGAGAGAACGUACGUACAUUGGCAGUCAGCGCAGAGUGCGCCGUGCUAUUUAUCAGACAGGGAAAAUUUCCCCGUGAAUGCUUGCUGUCGAUGUAUAAUACGGGGUUAGGUCUGGAGCCUGUCCGAGCUACGCUGUCAGCCGUACUUAGGAACUGAUUAUUAUUGCAGUGGUCCUGGUGGCUGCUUGGACCGCGGUCCGUUUAUAUCCAGCCGAGCCCGUGCGCCUUUCGACGCACCGCUGAGCGUGGAAAACAGCCCGCUCCUGCUGAUGUAACCGUCCUAUAUUACUGCACUGAUGAACGGUGCCCCUGUGCGGUGUCAUAAACGAUAACAGGUGGUACUUCUAGCACGUGUCAGGGGCGAGGGACAUGGCGGCCCACCGGGACGGCGACCCUUCUGUGCCUUCUGGGUAGGACGGGGAGAGGCGAGGUGACGGGUCCUCUCGUGCUGAUGGACUGGUAAAAUGAUGUAAAAAUGUUACAUCGUGCGGCGCUGGUGCUCGAAGACGUUACGAAUUAUGGGAUGGUAUUUAUUGAACGUAAUUUACUUGUGCUUUUGUUAAAAUAUUUAAAUAUUAAAACAAGGGCUUCUGUAUGUUUUUUAGAUUUUCGUGCGCUGUAGUGUUGAUCUUUUAUGUGAAUAUUCGACAACCACAUGUCACGAUGGGCGGUGCUAUAGUUGCUACUUAUGGCCUGCUGCGUUUGCUAGUAUUACUUCACUUUUGUGGUAGUGGCAUUAUUGCAAUAGCCGCUAGCGACCGGCCGAAGUGCUGCUUCUUUGGCCAGUUGUUGGUUUCACUGAGCUGUGUGGCGCGGGGUAUGGAGCCAGUCUGACUGGGAUGGGGGGGGGGGGCGCUGGGUUGAACCGGGUGAUGUCUGCCUAUCUGUGAGUGUGUGGACGUCCGCGGGUCUCCCCAGCUGCGCCGAAUGAGUCACAAGUUCUGGGUGCCGGGUCACUCGCACUCCAAGUACCGUAUAUGUGCAGCACGCCUAGCUUAGGGCGCCGCGUCUCCGGCACGCGACGACUCGCCAUGGACCGCUGUCGGGCCCGAACCGUUUUUGGAUACAAUAUACGCUGUGUCACUGC